UGGACCUGGACUAUGAGAUCACCUUUGGAGGAGUGGCAGCAUCAGCAAAGUCAAGCUCAGGGGGCAGAGAGAACUUUGUGGGCUGCUUGGAGGGAAUCACUUACAAUGGAGACAACAUCACUAACUUGGUCCGCAGGAAGAAGGUGGACACGUCCAGCUUUCGUAACCUGACCUUCUCCUGCACCGACUCCAACUCCUUCCCCGUCUUCUUCAACUCCUCGUCCUUCCUGCAGCUUCCUGGUCAGAGCAACAGUGACACUCUGUCAGUCAGUCUGUCUUUCAGGACGUGGAACCCCAACGGCCUGCUGAUGUUCACGUCACUGGCUGAUGGCUGGGUGGAGGUGGGACUAACAGAGAGCAAGGUCACCGUCUACAUAAACGUGACUCAAAGGAAGAACACACGCAUUGGCAUCUCGUCCGGUUCAAGCCUGAAUGAUGGCCAGUGGCACAGUGUCCAUCUGAAUGCACUGGAGAACUAUGCAAUGCUGACAGUCGAUGGAGACGAAGCAUCUACGGUCAGAACAGCCAUUCCCAUCCAAAUCCAGACUGGAGGAUCCUAUUACUUUGGAGGCUAUUUCAUGCACACAAACUCCAGGUCACCUCAGCGCUCCUUCCAGGGCUGCAUGCAGAUGAUCCACAUCGACGACCAUCUGGUUGACCUCAGAGCUGUGGAGCAGGGUCACAUUGGAACCUUUGAAAAUGUCAGCCUGGAUAUGUGUGCCAUUAUAGACAGGUGUGUCCCUAACCACUGUGAGCAUGGUGGUCACUGCACUCAGACAUGGGACACAUUCAUCUGCAACUGUAGUGGCACUGGAUACACUGGAGCUACCUGCCACAACUCCAUGUAUCAGCAGUCGUGUGAGGAGUAUAAGCACCAGGGGAGGAGCUCAGGGAGCUACUGGAUUGACCCAGACAGCAGUGGACCUAUUGCCCCCUUCAGAGUCAGCUGUGACAUGACGGAUGAGAAGGUUUGGACCACAGUGAAGAACAAUCUUUCUCCUCAGACUUCAGUCACCAGUGCAGACCAGGAAGGAAAGGCAGUGCUAAAGAUCACCUACAAUGUCACAGAUGAACAGGUGUUGUCAGUCACUGGCAAUGCAGAGUACUGUGAACAGUAUGUAGCCUAUGCCUGCAGAAUGUCCCGUCUGCUCAACUCUCCAGAUGGCGUUCCAUACUCCUGGUGGGUAGGAAGAGCCAAUGAGAGGCAUUCUUACUGGGGUGGGUCAGGACCAGGGAUACAGAAGUGUGCCUGUGGUAUUGAACACAAUUGCACUGACCCCAAACACUACUGCAACUGUGACGCUGACCUGCGCGCCUGGAGGGAGGACACAGGCCUGCUGGUCUAUAAAGACCAUUUGCCAGUCAGUCAAGUCGUGGUUGGUGACACAAGCAGAGCUGGAUCUGAGGCCAAACUUACUGUGGGGCCACUCAGGUGCCAGGGGGACCGUAACUACUGGAACGCUGCGUCCUUCAACAGUCCCACCUCCUACCUUCAUUUCCCCUCCUUCAGAGGGGAAACUACCACUGACAUCUCCUUCUACUUCAAGACGUCCUCUGCUCACGGAGUCUUCCUGGAGAACCUGGGGACCACCAGCUUCCUCCACAUUGAACUCAGAGGAGCCUCCAUGGUCUUGUUCUCUUUUGAUGUGGGGAGUGAGCGGUUGGAGCUCAGUGUGCGCUCACCUGUGCCACUCAACGAUGACCAAUGGCAUCGCGUGGAAGCUGAGAAAAAUAUCAAAGAGGCAGUUCUGCAGGUUAAUGGACAAUAUAGGGAGGUUAAAGCCACCCCUCCACAGGGACACACCAAACUGGAGUUCUACAGCCAGCUUUAUGUUGGUGCCUCGAGUGGUCAGAGGGGUUUCCUGGGCUGCAUGCGGGCACUGAAGAUAAAUGGUGUGACCUUUGACCUAGAGGGGAGGGCCGAGAUGACUCUAGCUGUGAGUCCAGGCUGUCAGGGUCACUGCAACAGCUAUGGGAUGCACUGCAGGAACAGAGGGAAGUGUGUGGAGCAGUACAAUGGAUACUCGUGCGACUGCUCCCUCACUGCGUACGAUGGACCCUACUGCACUGAAGAUGUGGGUGGCUAUUUCGAGACGGGGACCUUGGUGCGUUAUGACUUCCUGUCAGAGGCGGGAGCUUUUGCGUCGCGGGAAGGGAAGAGUUUGUCAGGUGUGCCUGUUCCCAGUGAGGCCAACCUGACCGAGGAGGAGCUGGUGUUCAGCUUCAGCACCUCCAGCACUCCGAGCAUCCUGGUCUACAUCAGUUCUAGGACUCAAGACUACCUGGCUGUGGUCCUCAGACACAAUGGCACUCUUCAGAUCCGCUACAGCCUUGGAGGACUGACAGAACCUCACACCAUUGAUGUGGACCAUCGUAACAUGGCCAAUGGACAGCCACACUCUGUCAACAUAACAAGAAAGCUGAGAGAGAUUCGACUACAGCUGGACCACUACCCAGUGUACACAUACAGUCUGCCUGAGUCCUCAGACACCCACUUCAACUUGGUCAAAAGUAUCUUUCUUGGAAAGGUCUUUGAAACUGGACAGAUCGACCCAAUUCUGAUCGAGCGCUACAACACUCCGGGCUUCGUGGGCUGUCUGUCCAGAGUUCAGUUUAACAGCGUGGCACCUUUGAAAGCUGCACUGCGCUCUGGACUGGCAGCACCUGUCAGCACCCAUGGGAUUCUGGUCCCAUCCAAUUGCGGAGCGUCACCCCUGACCAUCUCCCCCAUGGCCUCUGCCAGUGACCCCUGGCACGUAGAAGCAGCUGGAGCUGUUUUCCCCCUCAAUGACAACAAAGGCAGUGAUGAUGGAGUGGAUCGCAACUUUGCAAUAAUUGGAGGUAUCAUCUCCAUUGUGAUCUUCAUCGUCCUCUGCAUCAUGGUGUUUGUCAUCCGCCACAUGUUCCGUCACAAAGGCUCCUACCACACCAACGAAGCCAAGGGGGCGGAGUCUGCAGACUGCGCUGACGCCGCAAUCAUCGUCAACGAUCCGGCCUUCACCGAAACCAUCGAAGAGAGCAAGAAGGAGUGGUUCAUCUGAAGCCGACACCUUUAGGACGGACUGUAUGUAGUUUUCUAAGCAUAGGGAGUAGUAGCAACAUGAGGCGAGGUGACCCCCUCUUGUGGAAGCCUUGAAGUGCCGAGCAGUUCAUUUCAUUUAUGGUCACAGGUUGGCAUGAACAGUGAGCGUGUGCAAGGGCGGAGCGCGGCCUGGCCGAGCCCAUGUGGCCGUGCUUUUAACUUGAUUUACGAUGGACAUGGUGACAGGUUUGCAGGAUGUAGAGGACGACAGUGCCAUGAAGUAAAAGACUGAAUGUGUUCAUUAGCUUUUAUUUAUUUAUUUAUUUGUUAAAUAUGAUUUUUGUAAUUUAUUUCUUUAUUAAUUUGAGUCAUAUAUUUUUUCACAAGAUCUGUCUGCCUUUGUGCGAUGUGCUGAAAUGUCAGACUUAGACCUCUGCAGAGGAGGUUGUGUUUUCAGUGCCGUCUGUCUGUCUGGUAGCAAGAUCACAUAAAAACUAUAGAACUUUUGUGGAAGGUGGGGCAUGAUCCAAGGAAGAAUCCUUGAAAAAAAAGAAGGAUACAGGAUUUGAUUUGAUAUUUCUGUCAAAUGUCUUUAUGCAUGUGCUCUCACAGCACUUUACAGUGGAAUAUUACUCCCAUUGUUUCCAAUAAACCUCCACAUCUGUA